AUGAAAUUUUUUAAAACAAAGAGUUAUGCAAAGUGGAACUUUACAGGAGGAGCAGAUUCUGAUGAAUUUUCCGAAAAAAGCAGUACUGAAAGUGAUGAAUACGAAAUAGGAGACUUUAAAGAGAAUGAGGAACCCUGGAUAGAUUUUAAAAAAUGGAAGGAGAAAAAAACUUGGAAUCUGCGAAAAAGACAGGAAUCUAAAUUGGCACAAGAUCAUGAACCAAAUUUUAGUGACGACCAAGCAAUACCUCCAACCGAGUUUGAAGAUUCGUCAAUAUCUUGGGAACCGGAUAAGAAUGAGGAUUCAGAUACUAGCAGCGAACUUCAGUCAUGUGUAUCAAAAGAAAUUCAACCUACACCAACCAUUCAAUAUAAGGGAUCAGUAAAUAAUAUGGAAAUCAAUAUUUGCCAGUCCUCCUUUAAAAACGUGACUAAGGAAAAGUCAAUUAAGAAACGUUCUUUAAAUGCCUUACCAGAAAUCACAUACCCACUUUCUCAACAUGAGAGUCUGUUUGUUCAACAGAAUGAUAAUGAGUCCUUUAGAGACCUUGGCCUAAAUUUAACUUGUGAAACUCAAAAUUCAGUACCAGUCAGAAACGAAAUUAACACAUAUGAGAGUUCUAAAAUUAAAAUUUUACAAAAUAUUGUUUUACCCCCUUCUAACAAAAGCAUUGAUCAAAAUAAAAAAGCCCUUAGUGUACCAACAAAGGAAGAGACGAAUGUUAGUGACAAAAAAGAAGCAACUACGAAGACUGAAAGAAAAAAUUUAAAUAUUCAUACUUUUGGAGUAAUAGGUGUCACAAAAAGCACAGUUGAGAUUAGCCACCGUAAGUCCAGAAUAUGGGAUAAGAGAGACAGAUGUAUUUAUUGUGAUCGUGAUUUUACAAAUUUUUCAAGACAUCUAUUUCGAAAUCACAAAGAAGAAGAAUCAGUUCGUAAAAUUAUGCAGCUUCCGAAAGGUGAUCAGAAAAGAAGGCAAAUGAUAAAUCUGUUAAGGAAGGAAGGGAACUUGUCCUUAGUGGACGAAAAUAAAAUUAGACCAGUUCAAAGAGCCACAACUAGAUAUGAACGAAGCGGGGAAAUCAGCGAAGAAGCUCAAGAGUUUUUGCCAUGUCCCUAUUGUAAGGGCAUAUAUCGCUUAAAGUCACUGCGUAAACAUUCCAAAACAUGUUUGUACAAUCCAAAAAAUGAUGAACGAUGCAAUGUUGCAAGUCUAGGUCAAAAUCUUUUAGUUUUUAAAGCAUCUCGGAAACCUUUCUUGGAUACACUAAGAUUAAAGACUGAAGUAUUUUCAAAAAUGCAUGCUGACAGAGCAUCAUUCAAUGGGAAAAAUGACCCUGUUAUUUGUCAAUACGCCGAGGAUUAUUUAAGGAAACAUAAAACACCUCACAUUCAACAUGCAGUUUCUAAUAAAGUUCGAGAGCUUGGUAGGCUCCUUAUUGCACUUCAAGAUGUAUAUGACAUAAAAUCAAUGCUGGAGGCAAUGAACACAAAACAUUAUGAUAAAGUUGUUCAUGCAGCACAUAUAAUUUCUGGCUAUGACCCCACGUCAAAGACCUUUAAGGCACCGUCUUUAGCAAUGCAUUUAAAAACAAUCCUGUUGGCUGCAUCUUUAGCAGCUAAGACGCUUUUAUUAAAGCAAAAUCCUGUUUUACCUGUACUUGAUUAUACGGAAGCUCUUAAGCCUGUGAAACAGUUUCGAUUGUUGGUAGACGAAAGAUGGAAAUUUGAUAUGGGCAGUUUGGCAUUGAAAGAUCUCAAUGAAAAACACGGGAAACAAAUUCAGAAGUUGCCGAUAACAAGUGAUGUUAUUAAAUUCAGAGAAUAUGCUGUUACCAGGGUUGGAGAUGUACAGUACAUCAAAGUUGAUUCCUAUACACAAAUCACAACUGGCGUAAAUCAAGAAGAGUGUCUAAAUGCAUUAUCUGAACAGGAAAAACUCUUAUCAAAACAUUUUAAAAGGAUAAUUACUAUUGGAAAAGGUAGCAAGUCUAUUUUGUUUCCCACAAAUGUUCAAAAGUACGUAGAUGCUCUUUUAUUUGGUAGAGAGAACAAUCAGUUAGUUCCAAAAGAAAAUCCAUUUCUUUUCGCCCUGAUUGGUAGUAAGGACAAAUGGAUAGAUGGGUCAUCAGUCCUCCGCAAAUAUGCCUUAAGCAGUGGUGCUACACAUUCAAAAACGUUAACAUCUUCACGCUUGCGAAAGCAAAUAGCCACUGUUUUACAAGUAAUAAAUUUGAAUGAGACUGAAAAAGAACAGGUGGCGUCUUUUAUGGGACACACCAAAAAAACCCACGAAGAGUUCUAUAGGUUACCACAAGAUGUCUAUCAGACGGCGAAAAUAGCUAAAUUAUUAUUAAUGAUGGAUAAGGGGGAAGGAGCUGAAUUUCAAGGAAAAACUCUUGAAGAAAUUGAUAUUCAGCUAGAAAAUUUAGAGAAAAAACGACCAUUGAAUGAAGAUAGUGAUGAGAAAUCUUAUAGUGAAGAAUGCGAACUGCAUAUUGUGACGAUAAAACAUUUAGAUGCAAUUCUCAACCCUUUUAAAAAAUUUAAUAAAGAACAAAAUGUAGAAAUUCCGGGGGAUGAAAAUAAAGAGGUGGGUGGUGGUUCUAAAUCUAAAAAGAAAAAAAUACAGGAAAAAGAAAAAAAAGAGAAACAACGUGGCACAUGGAAUAGCAAACAAAAAUCUGUAAUGAUGGAGUAUUUUAAAAAGAAUAUUAAAAAUAAGAUUACUCCCAAGAAUAACGAAUGUGAUGCAUUUCAAAAUAAAUACAGGGACAUGUUUCAAGAUAAAACUUGGUUGCAAAUUAAGGUAUUUAUUUAUAAUGUAUUAAGGAAACAAUAACUACUGUAUAUGUUUUGAUGCUUUUAAUACAUUAUUUAUUUAAUUUAUGUUUAUGAUAAUGUUUUUUUAAUAAAGAGUAUUCCAUUAAAUUUUUUCUUGCCC